GACGUCAGCUGCUGUACAGCAUGAGACAGUCCAACAGCAGGAAUGUAAACACUACUUUCCUCAUUCAUAUUCUGCGGUUGGCCUACAGCUUAGAUCUGUGUGGGAGAAUCUCAUGCUGGAGGGAACAUGGCAUCAACUUCCAGCUUUGCUCCUCCAAAACUGUCAGACUUUAUUCUCACAGAGCGGCUGGGCAGUGGUACAUAUGCUACAGUCUACAAAGCCUACAGGAAGGGGAACAGUAGAGAGGUGGUUGCAGUUAAAGUAGUUGGAAAGAAGACUCUUAACAAGGCCUCUACAGAAAAUCUGCUCACAGAGAUUGAAAUCCUGAAGACUGUGCGCCAUCCUCAUAUAGUGCAGCUGAAAGACUUCCAGUGGGAUGCUGAAAAUAUUUACCUGAUUCUUGAAUGGUGUUCUGGUGGCGAUCUCUCCCGCUUCAUUCGCAGUCGCAGGAUUUUACCUGAGAGUGUGGCUCGGCGCUUCCUGCAGCAGAUUGCUUGUGCCCUCCAGUUUCUUCAUGAGCGAAAUAUCUCACACCUGGACUUGAAACCCCAGAAUAUUCUGCUCAGCGGCUCUAUCCUGAAACUAGCAGAUUUUGGUUUUGCACAAUACAUGUCCCCAUGGGACGAGCAGAGUGUCCUGAGAGGUUCUCCUCUCUACAUGGCUCCUGAGAUGGUGUGUCGACGGCAGUAUGACUCCAGGGUGGAUCUGUGGUCUGUAGGAGUUAUUCUCUAUGAGGCAAUGUUUGGCAGAGCACCAUUUGCAUCAAAGUCAUAUGCUGAAUUAGAGGAGAAGAUCAGGAGCAACCAACCUAUUGAACUCCCUCCCGGGGCCAGGGUAUCCAAGGACUGCAGAGACCUUCUGUUGCGGCUGCUGGAGAGAAAUCCAGAUGCCCGGAUUACCUUUGCAGAGUUCUUCACCCACCCUUUUGUGGAUAUGGAGCACAUGCCAAGUGCAGAAAGUAUAGUGAAAGCGAAAGAGCUGGUCCUACAGGCCGUUCAGAAGGACCAGGAGGGGGAGAGGUCUGCAGCACUCUCGCUUUACUGCAGUGCUCUUGAGCACUUUGUCCCUGCUAUUUAUUAUGAAACAAAUUGUCAACGUAAAGAGGCCCUGAGGCAAAAGGUCAGGCAGUAUGUGUCCAGAGCUGAGGAGCUCAAAGCCCUGGUAGCUUCGGACAACAGACUGAGCUUCGAGCAGGCGCGGACUUCCAGGGACAUCCUCCGAGAAAUGUCUAAAGAUCAGCCACGGCUCCUAGCUGCUUUGGAGAUGGCCUCUACUGCCAUUGCUAAGGAGGAGAGUGGAUCAGAUGACCUUGAGGCACUGGAUAUGUACCAGCAGUGUUUAGGAGAUCUACUGUUGGCACUAGCAGCCGAACCCCAGGGCCGCAGGAGGGAGCUGCUCCACAGCGAGAUUAAAAGCCUCAUGAGCAGAGCUGAAUACCUCAAAAAGCAUAUUAAGAUGCAGGAGACUCAGAGGGAUGUUUCUCUGGAUCGAGAAUCUCUCGCAGAAUCCGUCAGAAGUUCCUGCUGUUUGCAGUAAACAGGACAGCCACCGUGGGAAGACUGGAACUCCUCGGCUGUCUGUCAGUGUACAGGUUGGACACAGAGCCUUCACCUGACCAGGUUUCUGCUGUAGCCAAAUCACACCACAUCCUAACCAACUGAGUACACUAUCUGG